UACACUACAGAGUUGUGGAAAACUGAUGGUCAAUUGGCCAUGCCAGCAAUACUGAUUUAAAUUGCUCAUGACAGGUAAAAAUGCAGUCAGUGUCAGUUUAAAUGACCAGCAUAUUUUUUCUGUUGUAAUUUUCUUCAAAAUUUGAAUGUAAUUGCACAAUAGUGUUGAAAAAUCGGAAAAAUUUCAUAAUCGAUAAUCGUUCAUAAUCGGAAAAAUUGUAUCGAUUAAUGAUCGAUAUAAUUGGUAUUUACAUGUAGUUGAUAAAUGCUUCUUAUUUUGGAGGUUAUUUCUAUUUAGUUUUAUGGAUAUAUGUGCAGCAUACACGCUAGCUGGUGUCACUGAAUUCCCACUUUUCAAUGUGGAGUCCACUCUGACUCUCCCCACACAUGUCUCGAUAUAAAAGCGGGAUUAACAGUCAGAUGAAUCUCGGAUUAGAUAUAUUAGUGUACAGACGAUAAUCGAUUAAGAAAAAUAGAAUCAAUAAUCGGAAUUGAAGAGCCAAAAAUGAUCGUCAAUUGAUUGUCGGCGACAGUCGUUUCAUCACUAUUGCACAAUGUUUUUUCGCUGAUAUGAGAUGGAAGCUGUUUUAAAGUAAAGACAUGUCCAAAGUGGACAGUUUGGGGCAAAACCUGCAGAAAAAAACCUGAAAGUUCUUGAGGAUGGCAGGAUAAAGUAUGAAAAAUCAGAAGUAGGAAUUCAAAGAGAAUCGGAAAGAGGGGUGGGAAUGACUUAAAAGUUUGACGUUGAUGAAAUGACAUGACAUCUAGCAUUUGCAAUGACAGCACAAGUAGUACAGAUAAGAGAACUUUACGAAAGAACUGCAAACAAAAUACUAUUGGCUGUUUAGAUACUACAAAACAUGAAAAUUCCAUUCAACACUAAAGAGGAUGAAAAUUUCAACAGUUAAAUAAGAUGCUGGGGAAAACUGGUCAUCCAUCCAUUAGCAAGAAAUGUUAUUGACAGUGAAUGAAUCUGUUAGGGAGUGGAGUGGAGAAUUUGAAACAUACAUGCCUUGAUUAAACAGAACCGUCCUAUAUCAGGUUUUACUUGAUUAAACAGAACCGUCUUAUAUCAGGUUUUACUUGAAUGAAUUCUUUAGAUGAGGCAGAGGAAUUGCAACAUUUUUGGCGACAUACAACGACGACUGGACAGUUUUCAUUAAGUACACACUGUGAACUUAGGUGGCUCACUGCCAGUGUGAUAAUUAAGAUGAGCAAAGAACCUUAAUAACAUCUUGCAACACAUUUUUAGACAUUUAAUCUGCCUAUUCAUUUGAUGCAGGAAAUAUAACGCAGUCGAUGUAAACAGUGCAUUGCAAUGUCAUAUUAGCUGCAAUGUUUUUUCUUUCAAACCAAGCAACAAAACGUACGAAGGUAUGAGAAAGCUUGUCUGAAAUUUAAAAACGUUGGUGGUACUUUCGAACAAUUUAUCUAUUUUAUCUUCGGGAUUGUCAAUGAAGUAAACCAUGGUGACGGUGACAUUUUUCCGGAAGCACUAUGGGUAAUCCUCAUCAUUUUUCAUCUGAUGAAGAACAAAUCACAUGUGUGAUCAUUGGGGCGAGCUCGUCACGUCGCUUCGCAGCGCCAAUAAGUACAUAAAUGAAAAAGGCAAAAAAUAUGCAAUUUUACAAAGUAUUUAAUUUAAAAACCGCCAUCUUGUGACGUAGUGUCGUAAAAAGUAUAAGUAUGGAUGUAAUGAGCUACCUCAAGGAAGAGACAGUAUUUCAGAUUUAUGGUUUCAAGUUUUCCCUCUAACCAUGCAUUGACAGUGGUACUGUUUAGUAUAAAACAAUUUUCACUAGCUGCUCUUCUGCUGCAAAAACUAGAUCAACAUUACUUCACUCGACUUAUUAAAGUAAAUGAAAAAUACACAGGAAAAUAAACUUUCUUAUCAAAUGCACAAACUAAUAUCUGAUGAGACUAUGAGCAAGAUGUCUUAGAGAGUGAAAAAUUAAUGGGGAGGGGGGGGGAUGAAUCAAGCGAUAAAUGGAAUAGUUAUUAGGUAGUUAAUAAAACAUUAUGGACUUUUUAUUGGUAUUCUAUGACUUCAGCUUUAAACUGGCAUAAAUCACUCUAAACGGGCUUACUUUGUCUCCUUGAUAGUCCGAAUGUCUAGCUCUCUAGAUACUGUUUUCCACAACUCUGUAUGACCGCAUCCAAACAUAAUUUAAUGUGUAUACCCUACAGCAUCAGGACAGAUGACAUGAUUUGAUCUACGUAAACUUACAGCAUCCAAACACAUGAUUUGAUCUGUGCAUACUAUGAGAUCCAAACACACAUCAUGACAUUUGUUUCAUAUACACAUACAUUACAGUCGGUGCAUUCAGUAUAGUUAGUAGUGGAAGUGAAAACAAGGGCAUGGAUUGUGCAAUUAUCAUAUAGUAAAAUUAGAUUGGUAUGAUCACCCAAUAAACCACUGGAGAAUAUAGUUGCCAAUAUUUAGUUGCCUUGGGUAAUCUUUUGACUUUUCUGUCUUACACUUAGAACUCGUCAAGGUCUGGAAACACAAUAAGGAUUAUGUGUGCUCUGUACCAGUAGGUAAUUGGGUUAAUCCAUGAUACUCAGACUUCUUUGGUAACCUUCCCCCCUCCCCACGGAAGAUUUUUAUCGUGGGCAGCAUGGCUAUUAUUUUCUGCAACACAGAGAUAAAGUUGAACGUAUCCUGUCACACAUACACCUAUCAUCUCAGGUGCACGAUAUAACGCUCCCCAAACAAUAAAUCUCCUCCGCCAUCCUAUCUCAUGGCCAAUGUGUUGUUAGUGUAUUGCUGGCUACACAGCAAUACAGAAGCCGGUGAUCAAUACCUUAUUAUUACCAGACUACACAGACUUCCCCCUUCAUCAUCGCUAUAUAGAUGUCCGAGGAAGUAAAACUUGACACGGCACAGUGUCCUGGCUCAGCACAACAAACAUGGCUGUGUGCACCCCUCGCGCUGCUUUUAUGUUUAGAAAUGUCAGGAUUUUUAAAAUUCGACUGCCAACUCUUAUGCAUAGGAAAAAAUUCAGAGAAAUGGCUAAGUUGUCUCUCGAGGACCCUGUGCCUGCUAGAGAGGAAGAAUCUCCACUGCCUGUUGUUAAGAAUGGCACGCACCAGAUCGUCGUCAAUGGUGUGGAACAGUGUAAAGUGGAGGAAAGCCAGUUGAUGCUGGAAGCCAUGAAUGGAUUUCUGUUAUUAUUGGACCGUAAAAAGAAGAUCCUGUAUGUUUCUGAUGGAGUGGCCACACAUUUAGGCAUUGAUCAGGUAUACCUGCUUGGUAAGAAAGUGACGAAUUUGAUCCACCACAGUGAUAUACCUGAGCUCAAAAAACAGUUCAACCUCAAACCAUGUGAAAUGCAGUGUUCUUGCCCAAUUAACAAAGAGAAUAGUGACAAGCAUGCCCCACAUCUCGAUGAUAACCGAGUAUUCUACCUCAGAAUGAAAUGUGUCCUGAAGAAAAAUGGCAUUAAAACAAAGCAGUCGGGGUUUGUGUUGAUGCAGUGUUCGGGACGAUUAAAGAUGCGAGCUACAACUAGUAGGUCCAACAGUUACGCUAUAGACGGCCUGAUCUGUAUCUGUCGUCCAAUGCAAACCAAUUCCAUUAUGGAGAUCAAGCUAGAUGGCAGCAUGUUUAUCAGUCGACAUGACCUCGGCAUGAAAUUCACUUUCUGUGACCCAAGGAUUGCUACACUGAUUGGAUAUGAUCCUGAAGAAGUGAUUGGAAAGACUGCUUAUCAAUUCCACAAUCCAUUGGAUGCUAGACUAGUGGGAGACUGUCACCAAAAAUUAAUUGUAAAAGGAUCGUCAGUGAGCAAGUACUAUCGUUUCAUUGGGAAGAACUGUGAGUGGGUUUGGAUGCAAACAAGAGCAACUAUUAUCUACAACACGAGUAAUGUGCCUCAGUACAUUGUCUGCAUGAAUUACAUAAUUAGUGAAGAAGAAGGGGAGCAAUUCCUCAGAAUGCAACAGGGCAACACUCUUCAGUGCUUGGAUGGAAUUCAGCCCAUUGAGCCAGCUAAAGCAUGCAAGAUGGAUGAUCAACACAGCGACCUGGGCUACUGGAGCAGUAACAGUCCUUACUCCAGCCACCAUCCAAGUCCCGGCUCCACUGAUGGACAAACAGGCGAGUCUGCAGAAAACACCUCGCUUAGUAAUGAGUUCCCAACGGGUGUUUUCCAGCAGGUUGUGAACACGAUAGACUCCGAGUGCAGUCGUCCUUAUGAAGUGAUGAAAAUUCUGGAAGAGAUUGAGGAAGAGGGACAGAAACACACAGUUGGGCAAGGGUCGUCUUCAUAUCAGAAAUCAUACAAUCCAAGUCCUGUGUCGUCAGCUAAUCUGACUACACAAAAUCUCGCGGACAGUAAUUCUCAAUCUUUGAGGAGUGACACCCUCUGUGUCCCUCCAUCAACUUCAGGAUCUGCAGGAUUUUGUGACAGCAGUAUCACUGUCCCAACACAGAGUGUCAUGAACAUCCAAAUCGCGUCUCUAAACUCAACAGACUUUGUUCCAAAUGAUGUAUCAGAAGCAUUGCCUCAAGAAAUAACCGAUUUCUGUAUGCAGUACUGUAAUUCACUAGUAGAUCAACAAGCCCAACAGGUUCUGUCAGAACUUGGACAAAACAGUUUUGUGACAGACCAGUUUGGUAGUGAAAUGAAUGGUCUCAACCACUGUGACAUGAGUUUAAAUGGGGCUAAUCCAAUGAAUGAACAGAUAUGUGUUUCAAACACCAGCACCAUGUUGAGCAUGUCACAAACAGUGACAUCUGCUGAGUCCAUGGCUCCUCCUCAGUACCCACUGCAGGUGGGGGCCCAAAUGACAUUGCCCAGUACAUCUACUGCCUCCUAUCAGUACCCUCUGUCACCAGAAUCGUGGAUGUCCUCCCCGCACUCGUAUGUCUCGCACCAAUCACCAAUGUCUGCUUGUUCACCGUUGUCUUCAGCAUGUUCUCCAAUGUCUGCAGCAUCACCAUACCCCUGUAGUCCUCAUAUGCCAGAAGUGGCUGGCUUUAUAAGCCCAGAGGUUACCACUGCACCUUCCAACAUUCCAUUUACAAAUUCCAGCUUUAUGUCGCCAUGUACUCAAGCUAAUGGGGUGAUAUCCCCAAACUCUUACCACAGUCAUCCAUUGCCCUCUCCCGUCAUGACCAUUAACCAUGGCUCCCCUCCAAGUCAGAGACACACAGGAAACUCAAAUAUGACCGAGCUAGAAAAAGUGCUCCGUGGUUGUUCCACAAACACUAGUAUAUUUACUUCUAAAAACAAUUGUAAGGAGUCUCCGAGUUCCACUCUUUUGCAGAAGAUGUUGACGGGUCAAUUGAGUGGGGCGUCUUACCAUGCAAUGGAAAAGGAAAGGAAGAGAUCACAGAGCUAUCAGUCUUAGAAUAUAACUCUUAGUGUGAUAAUCUGGGUUCACAGAGCUAUUAGGCUUAGUUUGUCACUUUGGAUGUGGGUUCAUUUAUGUGUUCAGUGAAACUUCAUCAUCCUUAGGAUAUAUAGUUACCAGAUUGCAAUAGUUUGGUUUUGUUUGUACUUUGAUGUAAAUGAUAAAUGUUAUUGCACAGCACUGUGGUACAGUAAUGUUUUAAUGAGAGGGUAGACCUUUGUUAUUAGACUUGAAGGGAUGUUCCCUUUAUUGUUUUAAAAGAAACAGGUAUUGAUGAAUUUUACUGAUUUAUUCUGUGUGCCUGUAAUUAUUUGUUUUUGUUGGGGUUAACCUUUUUGAGGGUUGUGCUGAAUUUCAUAGUGAUGAAUGCUCUUGUAUGAAUUAAUGAUGAAAUUUCUGUGACCAAGGAGUUAGCUUGCCAAGCAGCGUCCUUAAGGUGGAUACUGCUAGUACUGAGGGUUUUAGGCUGAUGCUACAAUUGUACAUACUGCCCAUCCCAGACAUGCCCUACUGUAUUUAGGGUUUGCUCUGUCCUGCUUGAUGAGUUUUUUGCCUGUGUAUCAUGCAUGUUGAUGAUCUCGGUUCCAGAAGGUUGAGUAUUAUCUUGCUGUUUAGUCCUAUGGUACUCUCUCAUUCAGAAUAAUUCCAGACCUUUUUCCUCAUCAGAAUUACGAUAUGUUUUAAAGACUGUGUUUGCUAAGAGUUGGAUGAUCAUGUUUAUAAUAUUACACUUUGUUAUGUCAUGCAUAAUGGGCCUGUGAUUUUAUUUUGUUCCAUUGACGUUAUGGCACAAACUAGAUUGUUAUUUUUGUUAUCGUAGAAAUUAAUAUAAUUGUAAAGCUUAUUUCAUCAGAUAUAUAUAUAUAUAUAUUCUACAUUUAUUUUAUAUCAUAUGAUAAGUUACUUCUUUUUGUACAUAGUCAUUCAUGAAAUCAUACACGUUCAUGUAACAAGAACCGACAUGCAACUUUUCACGAGUUUGAAAAACAAAAAUGAUUCCAUGUAGAAUGAAGACGUAGCAUUAUAGAGGAGCUAUUUUGUCACACACAGAUUUUCUUAUAAAGAAAAAACAAUAUUGAAAAUUCACUUUUAAAAUGAUAUGGUAAUUUGACCUAUAUCAUAUUUUUAAUAAUAGAUACUGUGUUGAUUUUGUUCAUAGUAUAAAGAACAUAGAACUUAAGGUUGUAAAAAGAGUUUUUGAUUUAAGAUAAUAAACAUACAAAAUUGGGAGUAUUCAUUACACAUCAAGAGUAUUUCUGUUUGGUUGUAAUGUAAUUUUAUUCAUGCAAUAAAACUGUCACAUGACUUUUAUUAUUGUUUAAUGAAGAAAUUUGUUUUUUGAUUUACAUUUGAGAUUACAAAGCAAUAACACUGCAUGUGAUGAUAUAUUGGGCUAUGCAUGUAAUUUGUGUUUUAUCCACACUUUUCCCAGUACCUCCUGACUGCUGGUUAAUACACAAUGAACUGCUGAUUGUAAAGCUGUAAACACACAAUACCUUACUGAUGCAAUCAUUCAUUGACAUGUUCCAUAUUAUCAUAGUACAUGUACAUGUAUAUGAUUUGGUAUACAUGCAUAUUCAUGUUUGACUUUGUUUUUAGACUGACAGCUUUUGUAACUCCUUGGGGAUGUUUUUGUGUCGCAGUAUAAUGACAUACCAGUUGUAUGUUAUCAAAGGAUAAACUUUAAAAAGUCAACAUUUUAUAUUAAAGGGAGACAAAUCUUGAUCCUUCAUACUCUACCCCAUUAUUUCAGUGUAAACAGUAUUUAUUCCAUAAGUUUCGGGCAAUGAUUACAAGGUUCAAAUGUCGAAAGGGAAAAACAAGCCAUGGGAUGACUUGUGUCAAUCUGCUCUCAAAAUUAUUCCAUUAAUUUGAUCACCAUCAUAAUACAAGCUGUAGGAAAAAUACUUCAUUCAUCCAGUUCAGAAGAACUAAUCACCACCCCAUUCUUAAAAAGUAUGUCUGAUGAUAAUUAGUUCAACCAACUCUAAACUUUAUUUACAUUCAUUAUGCAAGUGGGGAACAGUCAUUACUUAGUUCUUAAAUAUUCUAAUACACUGGGGAAAAAAUCUUAUAAAAAAUGUGUAAUGUUAAGAGUCCAGGACAGCUUUCAAAAUUUUGAAAUGAUAUUUAAACUAUUAAAUCUAAUCAGUUUCACUAUAAAAACUGUUUGGACUUUUGGAGAUGAACCAUAGUAGAAUGAAAAUCAUGUUCAACAAAAUAUAAUGAAUCUACUAUAAUAUUUAUGCAAUUUGUAUAAUUUCUUUGACUGUAGAAAAUACAGGCCCUGUUUUUCAAUGUUACAAACUUUAAUGCUGAUUGGUGGGGUAGUAUACUGUGAUGGUGUUGUCUGCCUAUAUUCUGGAUGAGAUUGGGGUUCUAUCCUAAUGGGUAGAGCUUUAUUAAAAACUAUACACGGUUGUUUGGUUGCUCAAGCUAGUGUAUUUUGAGUUAUUUAUGACAAUCAGUUGGCAAAUCUUGCUUUUUAACUGGCUUUCGUUUAUUUAGAUACCAUCAUUUACAUCCUGGUAUAUUGUUCUGACUGGUUUUAUGGUCAUUCAUCUAGAUACAUUGUGAUUAUUUUUGUGAUUAAAAUUAUAAAAGAAGA